AUGGAGGCGCCGCCGGGCCGCGGCGGGCGCCACAACCACGGGCCGCGGCGCAAGGGCCCGUCCGGGGCCGCGGGCGCCGGCGAGGAGGCGGUGGACGGCAGGAAACCCAAAUUUCAUUUAAAUAUCAAGACACUGACAGAUGAUGUGCUGGAUAGGUUUGCUAGCAUAAGGAUCCCGGGAAGUAAAAAGGAGAGACCUCCCCUGCCGCACAUGAAACACUCUUACUCUACCGACUGGUCAUCCACGUCACCGACGGAUGCGGAGGAUUUUGUGCCCAAGCCCCUGUCAGAAAGAGAGAUCACAGCGCUCUUUGAAAAAAUGAUGGAAGAUAUGAAUUUGAAUGAAGACAAGAAGGCACCACUGAGAGAAAAGGAUUUUAACACCAAGAAAGAAAUGGUGAUGCAAUAUAUUAGUACUGCGUCAAAGUCUGGGAGCCUCAAGAAAAGUAGGAAGAUUUCACCACAAGAGUUUAUGCAGGAAUUAAAAUCUGGAUCAACGGAUGAAAGACUAGUCACUUGCCUAGAAUCUCUUCGUGUGUCCUUGACCAGUAAUCCUGUCAGCUGGGUUGAAAACUUUGGCCGGGAAGGUCUGGGGCUGUUGCUGGAUGUUUUGGAAAGACUGGUUGAGACAAAACACCAGGACAAAACUGUGAAGAGGAGUCAGCAUAAGGUUAUACAGUGUUUGAGGGCCUUCAUGAAUAAUAAGUAUGGAUUGGAAAGAAUUCUGGGAGAAGAGAGGAGCCUUUUGUUGCUGACCAAAGCGAUUGAUCCCAGGCAAACCAACAUGAUGACGGAUAUAGUUAAACUUCUUUCUGCAAUAUGCAUUGUUGGAGAAGAAAGCACCCUCGAAAAAAUUUUGGAAGCUGUAACAGCAGCAGCAGAAGAAAGAAAUGUUGACAGAUUCUCUCCUAUCGUGGAAGGUCUCCAGGAUAACUCAGUUCAGUUGCAAGUAGCUUGUAUGCAGCUCAUCAAUGCUCUUGUAACAUCUCCAGAUGAUUUGGAUUUUAGGCUUCACAUCAGGAACGAAUUCAUGCGCAGUGGAUUGAAAGAGAUCUUGCCACAAUUGAAAUGCAUAAAGAAUGAAGCCUUGGAUAUUCAGCUGAAAGUAUUCAAUGAACAUAAGGAAGAAGACAUGAUUGAGUUCUCUCAUCGUCUAGAAGAUAUUAGAUCUGAACUAGAUGAAGUAAAUGAUGUUUACAACAUGGUGUGGAAUACAGUUAAGGACACUAGUGCGGAAGGAUAUUUUCUUUCUAUUCUCCAACAUCUUUUGCUGAUAAGAAAUGAUUAUUUUGUACGUCCACAGUAUUUCAAGUUAAUUGAAGAGUGUGUGUCCCAGAUAGUUUUACAUCGAAGUGGAACAGACCCAGAUUUCACAUAUCGUAAAAGAUUAGAUAUAAAUUUCAGUCACUUAAUAGAUAUUUGUGUAGAUAAAGCAAGAUUAGAAGAAUGUGAAGAGAAGGCUUCAGAACUUUCCAAAAAAUUUGAAAAAGAUUUUAUAGUUCAUCAGGAGACCCAGGCCCUACUGCAAAAAAAAGAAGAACGGAUCAGUGAGCUUGAAGCAGAAUUACAGGCUUUUAAAUCACAGUAUGGCUCCUUGCCGCCCGGAUUUCUGCCAUCCCCACGUGGAGACGCGUCGGUGGCGGCCCUGGAAGCUGCAGGACCACAUCAGUUGCCUCCCCCUCCUCCACCGCUGCCUUCUAAUGGAGCAAUCCCACCGCCACCACCGCCGCCGCCCCUUCCCCCAUCCAUGAAGGGCCUGGGAAUCCCUCCGCCACCGCCUCCCCCAGGCCUGCCUGGGCCGCAGCCAUCGCCGCCUCCCCACGCUUUGCCCUUCGGGCUGAGGCCUAAGAAAGAAUUCAGGCCUGAAAUUACCAUGAAGAGAUUCAACUGGUCUAAGAUCAGACCUCAGGAAAUGACAGAAUCCUGUUUUUGGGUUAAGGCAGAAGAGGACAAAUAUGAGAAUGCUGACAUGCUUUGCAAAUUGGAACUUACRUUUUGUUGUCAAAAGAAGGGAUGUGACCUGAAUUCUCCUGAUGAAGUAUCAUUAAAAAAAGAGGAAGAAGAUUUUGAAGAAAAGAAAUCCAUUAAGAAGCGAAUCAAAGAAUUGAAAGUUUUGGACCCAAAGAUUGCACAGAAUCUAUCAAUUUUCCUUGGCUCUUUCCGAAUGCCUUACGAGGAAAUCAAAACAAUGAUAUUGGAAGUAGAUGAAACACAGCUGGCAGAGUCCAUGAUUCAGAAUUUAAUAAAACAUCUUCCUGAGCAAGAACAGCUGAAUGCAUUGUCCAAGCUCAAGAGYGAGUACAAUAAUUUGUCCGAGCCAGAGCAGUUUGGAGUCGUGAUGAGCAAUGUGAAGAGACUACGGCCACGGCUCAGUGCUAUUCUUUUUAAGCUUCAGUUUGAGGAGCAGGUGAACAACAUCAAACCUGACAUCAUGGCUGUCAGUGCUGCCUGUGAAGAGAUAAAGAAGAGUAAAAGCUUCAGCAAGCUCCUGGAACUGGUGUUGUUAAUGGGAAACUACAUGAAUGCAGGUUCUCGGAACGCGCAGACCUUUGGAUACAACCUCAGCUCCUUGUGUAAACUGAAGGACACUAARUCAGCAGAUCAAAAAACAACAUUGCUCCAUUUUCUUGUAGAAGUUUGUGAAGAAAAAUAUCAGGAUAUCCUAAACUUUGUAGAGGAUUUUCAGCAUUUAGAUAAAGCUAGUAAAGUCUCAGCAGAAAACCUGGAGAAGAGCCUGAAGUAUAUGGAAAAGCAACUUCAACAGCUUGAAAAGGAUUUACAGACUUUUCCAGUUCCUGAAGAUAAGCACGAUAAGUUUGUGGCAAAAAUGUCUAGCUUCGUUGUUCAUGCCAGAGAAGAUUUUCAGAAACUUUCCCGGAUGCAUGAGAACAUGGAAAAGUUGUAUCAGAACGUGAUGGGAUAUUAUGCCAUUGACCUGAAGAAAGUUUCCGUGGAGGAAUUUUUAACUGACUUGAACAACUUCAGGACAAUGUUCAUGCAAGCUGUAAAGGAGAAUAUGAGGAGAAGGGAAGCAGAAGAAAAACAGCGGCGUGCUAGGAUAGCUAAGGAGAAAGCAGAGAAGGAAAAACUAGAGAGGCAACAGAAGAAAAAGCGCUUGUUAGAAAUGAAAACAGAAGGUGAGGAGACGGGAGUCAUGGAUAGUCUGUUGGAGGCCUUGCAAUCAGGCGCUGCCUUUCGAGACAGAAGGAAAAAGACACCCAGGUGUAAAGAUCUGCCGCAGAAUCUCAGUCCAACGAGUCAGAGGCCUGUGCUGAAAGCCUGCAACCACGAGAACCAGAAAGYGCAACCGGAGAAGUCGUGUUCACACCACGGUAUCAGUUUAAACUCGACAAGAAGCCAAGUCACCAAAGAGAUUUCUUAUGACAUGGAAGCAAAUUCCUCCACACCGUGGAGCAAAGCUGCUGGGAGAAAGGAAGCCUGUAAUGGAGAAGGCAACAAAGAAAAGAAAAUAGAGCGUAUUGGGUCUCCUUCGAAGGGAGAAGCCAUUCCAGAAGUGGAAGCUCUUUUGGCAAGACUGCGAGCACUGUAGGCUAAUGGCAUAAAGGAUUAUAUCCAAACACGCUAUAUUAGCUUAAAUCUUGUAAAAAUACAUGGAUUUUCCA